UCAGUGUUUCUCAAAUCGACCGAAACUCGGUCGUUCGCGCGAGCGGAUCUAAAAUGCGAUAUCUAGAUUACACAAACCGUGCAUUAGGCGUAUCUCUCUCCUGCGGUUUUAUCAGUCCCGAUAACAGAUCCGGCGGCGUAGUCAUCGCGAUACGCCGCGCCGUGCAUUACGUCGCGUCGUCUUCCACGUUCCAAUUACCGUCAAUGUAAAUAUAAUUGUACGUUUGCACCCUCCCGUUGUGCCGUGCGUCAACGAUGAUUGAGCGUCGACCACGCUGCUCGCUGCGCACACGAUCGCCCGCCUAACUUGGUAAACUGCUCCCUCCGUCUGAGAACUUUAGUGUGCAGCUUCCUUCGGCCGCAUAAACACGUCCGUCGGCGUUGCGUCGACCAGCAUGGAGUACAACGACACGCUGCUGAUACCAGGCCAGCGCAUACGUCCGCCCAUGACGGAGGAGAUCGCGGCGGGCCUGCUGGAGCGGCUGUAUGGCAUGAGGGCUACGAGCGUGCGCGAGCUGGAUGCUUACGACGACCGCAACUACCACGUGCUGUGCGAGGAAGCGCACACGAACCCACAUGUGGUCAACCCGGAGGAGACUGGCUACGUCCUCAAGGUGAUCAACUCGCUGGACUCCCGCAAGACCGGCGUGAUCGAGGCGCAGAAUGAACUGAUGAUCUUCCUCAAUCAGCGAGACGUCCGCUGCCCGUUACCGGUGAAAAAUCUGCACGGCACUUACUUCUCCUUGGAGAACCUGAAAAGCGACAACAACAUGGAGAAGUAUGCCGUGAGGCUGUUAGUUUACCGGCCCGGCGCGUCUCUCCAUCGCGUGAAGAUUACCGGCGAACUGCUGUGCAAAGUCGGCAGCUACGCCGCCAAGAUCGAUGAGAUCCUCGUGGGCUUCGAUCAUCCGGCCUAUUAUGAUCAUAGGACGCUGUGGAUGCUCAGCUCGAUGCCGAAGCUACGGCAAUUCAUAUACGCCCUCAAGAGCCCGCUGGACAAGCAGCUGGUGCACGACGUGAUUGUCAGCUUUGAGAAGGAAGUGCUGCCGGUCAUGGAGCAGCUCGAGCAGGGGGUCAUACACGGUGAUUUGAAUGAGCACAACAUCAUCGUGAGCCCCGACGGCGAAAACAUAGUCGCCGUGAUCGACUUCGGGGACGCGCAGAGGACUUGUCGCGUCUUCGAGCUGGCCAUUGCCCUCUGCUACAUGAUCCUGCAAGCGGCCGACGUGGGAAUGGGCAAGUACGUGCUGGAGGGUUAUGAGCGGGUCAAGAAGCUCAGCGACGUGGAGAAGAAGAUUCUCAAGGUCACCGUGUGCGCCAGGAUGUGCCAAAGCCUAGUAAUGGGCGCUUAUUCGCACCUGCAUGACCCCCAGAAUCAGUAUCUGCUGUCCACGCAGAAAACCGGCUGGAUGUUGCUGAAGAGACUCUGGCCUAUGUGUCAGAAUGACGUGAUGCAAGCGUGGGGCUUGGACAACUCCUAAGCGCGUGAGCGAUCAACCAGUCAAUUUUAGUUGAUCGAAUUAAGCAAUGUGGCAGACAGUAGAAACGAGUUAUUUCGAGGACAGUCUGACGCAAACUGUAUUUCUGGAAACGUUCGAUUAAUUAAUUUGAUUCUUCUUGUUUUGGACUGCCGCUUUUUACGUCGGAUAAUCCGAUGGAUUGAGAAGUGAAAUUGGUCGCUAACAAACUGGAUGAUCAAAUCAAACGGACAUACGUCAAACACGGAAAUGCGUCACACAGUAUCACAUUUGAUAUAUUUAUUGUUAUGGACGCUGGAUAAUGAAAUAACGUAGUUUGUUAAACUGUUUUCCCUAUUUGGCUGCAUGGAAUUGCAAAUGCUUUUACAGAAGGAGUACAAAUGUCAAUACAUAGAAAGGCACUAAAUAUCAUCGCGAAGUAAAUCAAAAGUUCUUUGAUAUUCAAUCGCAAAUUGGAGAACAAGAGAGCAUAUGAGAGCCUUAUAUGGAUCUUAUAGUACAAUAAAAAAACAAUUAAUUUAUCAUUGAACAAAAAGAUAAUUAUUUUUAAAUAGUGUCGGCCGGUCCUAUUUAGAUUUUUUUCAAUGGUGAAAACAAAGUCAAAUUUUACAUUUCUAAUAUUCAAGUAAACAAUUUAAAACGUCAGAAAUUUAAGACCAUAUUAAAAUAUUAUAUCAGAAACAAAAAAAUUUAAUAGAUAAACAAUAUCUUUCGUUUAUAUAUGUAUAACAUUUGGUAUAUUUUCAUACAUUGAAACCUUUAUUCUGUGAAAGGACUUCUAUGCAACUAAAUAGAAAAACAGUGGAAAUUAUGAAAUUGCGAUAUCGCAGUCCAGCAUCCUCUUAAGUAGUAUUUACUUCUUUGUAAUAGUAAUUUUACGUCAAGUUACUCAAGUUUUAAUUCAAGUUUUGCGUCAAGAGCGCGUUCAUUCACCUGAGAACACAUUGAAAUCGCACGUAACGAUAGUCAAUUAUGGAGGCAAUAAUUCUAUAAUAUAUAUUCAGUAAUGUAUGUGCAUGAUGAUUUGUAAGAUAUUUGAAAAUAACAGCAAAAAAAUAUUCUCGCAAUCA